UAUGUCUCACCUCCCCAGACAUGCCACUCCACGUGCGUCGCAGUAGCGACCCGGCCCUGAUGACGCUGACGGGCCUCUGAAUGGCGUGGAGCCUCGCCCCCCCGCAGAGCAGCAGACCCCGCCCUCCCGACGUAACCCUCCCGCUGGUCGACCACUGCCGGCUUCAUGAAGCCCCGCCACUCCACCGGCACCAGCAGCCUGGAGCGCAAGGGGAAGGCCACAGACACGUACCGCAGCCUGCCGCGUGACGCCGGGACCUAUACCAAUCAGAGGGACUUCCAGAGAGAGACGGCGCGGUCAUCGCUCAGCGCCAAUCACCCCAUGGUGGACCGCUGGCUGGAGAGGCAGGACCAGGACGAGGAGUCCACGGAGGAGAACGGCCGGAUCGAGCCGGUCGGGAGCGCAGACUCCUUCCUGGACCAUGUCCCCGUACGGAACAUAGAAGGCAUGGUGCGGCUGGUGGAGGUGACCAACGACGGCGGCCCCCUGGGGAUCCACGUGGUGCCCUUCAGCUCCAGGGACCGCAGGACCCUGGGCCUGCUGGUGAAGCGCCUGGAGCGGGGGGGCAAGGCGGACCAGCAGGAGCUGUUCGAGGAGAACGACUGCAUCGUGUGCAUCAACAACACGGACUUGCGCAACACGCGCUUCGAACAGGCCCAGAACAUGUUCCGUCAGGCCAUGCGGUCGCCCCUCAUCGUGUUCCACGUGGUUCCGUCGGCGCUGAAGUCGCGGUACGAGGCGAUGUCCCUGGGGGACGGCCGCACGCCGUCGGGCUCCUCGUACGGCUCGGACCGCUUCAGCCCCGACUCGCUGGGCGGGAGCUCCGCCUCCGACCACGGCCUGCCCCCGCGCGUGGGCGUCGCCCGCCACGCCUCACAGACGCACGCCCACUCGCCGCUCCUGGACCACCCCGGGGCGGAGCGGCCGGGGCCCUACCCCCCCGGGGGUGGGGCCGCCACCCUGCCCCACCCCGCCGCCAAGCCCCCCACAGGCCACGCCCCCUCGCCACAGCGCGGGCAAGGCUCCGCCCCUGCCCUCGGCGGCUUCACCAAGAAGGUGGGGAGGAGGCUGAACAUCCUGCUGAAGAAAGGUCCGGAGGGUCUGGGCUUCAGCAUCACAUCGCGGGACGUCCCGAUCGGGGGCUCGGCGCCCAUCUACGUCAAGAACAUCCUGGCCCGGGGGGCCGCCAUCCAAGAUGGCCGCCUGAAGGCGGGGGACCGGCUGAUGGAGGUGAGCGGCGUGGACUUGCAUGGGCGGAGCCAGGAGGAGGUGGUGUCGCUGCUCCGGAACACGCCCAUGGGCGGAGCUGUGAAGCUGCUGGUGCUGAGACAGGAGGACAGCUUCCUGCCGCGAGACGCGAACGCCAGCCCCCUGACGCAGAGCACCAGAGACUUGAAGCUGGAGGAGGAAGAGCUGGUCCUGACCCCGGACGGGACCCGGGAGUUCCUGACCUUCGAGAUCCCGCUGAGCGACUCGGGUUCUGCCGGGCUGGGGGUCAGCGUGAAGGGGAACCGCUCCAAGGACAACCACGCCGACCUCGGCAUCUUCGUCAAGUCCAUCAUCAACGGGGGCGCCGCUUGCAAGGACGGCCGGCUGCGGGUCAACGACCAGCUGAUCGCGGUGAACGCCGAGUCCCUACUUGGCAAGACCAACCAGGACGCCAUGGAGACGCUGCGCAAGUCCAUGUCCACCGAGGGCAACAAGAGGGGCAUGAUCCAGCUCAUCAUCGCCCGGCGCGUCCCCAAGCACGGAGAGCUGGACCCCCCCGGCAGUCCGCACGCCUCCCAGCAGGCCUUCAGCUCCUCGCUGGACGACCACGAGCGCCGCAUCUCCCACUCGCUGUACGGGGGCCUGGAGGGUCUGGAUGACAACCUGCUGCCCCGCCCCGGGGGGGCCCUGCCCCGCACCGCCGGUAACUACCAGCUGUCCCCAACCGUCAACAUGCCCCAGGACGACACGGUCAUCAUCGAGGACGACCGGCCCCCCUUGUUCCCCCCCCACCUCUCCGACCAAUCCUCCUCCAGCUCUCACGACGACAUGUGUUUCCCCGCCGAGACGACCCCGCCCUGGGCCAAGGAGCCGGCCAAUCAGAACGAGAGCCCGAUGAGCCCGGGGGAAGAGGAUGGAAGCUUCCAGAGGGAGGGCUUCGGUCGGCAGAGCAUGUCGGAGAAACGCACCAAGCAAUUCGGAGACGCAGCCCAGCUGGACAUCAUCAAGACCAGGAAGUCCAAGAGCAUGGACCUCGUAGCCGACGAGAUUAACCUCACACCACGACCCGACCCCAACGCAGGUUCGUCUCCCCGGGACGUGGGUCCGUCUCUGGGCCUGAAGAAGUCCAGCUCCCUGGAGAGCCUCCAGACCGCCGUGGCCGAGGUGACCCUGAAUGGAGGGGACCACCCCUUCCACAGGCCACGCCCCCGCAUCAUCAGGGGGCGGGGCUGCAACGAGAGCUUCCGCGCCGCCAUCGAUAAAUCGUAUGACCGGCCGACCGCCGCCGCCAACGCUGCCGCCAUCACCACCGAAGAAGAAGAUGAGGGCAUGGACACACUGGAGGAGGACACAGAGGGGAGCUCCCGGUCUGGGCGGGACUCGGUCUCCACGGUAGCAGACCUCACCCCCCUGACCGGGUUGGCCAACGGGUCCGCCUCCUCGGACCGGCCCAGGGAGGAGAAGAGGAAGGACAAGACGCCCACCAAGGAGAAGAAGAGGAGCGAGGGAGGGAAGGAGAAGGACAAGGAGAAGGGCAAGGCCAAGAAGGGCAUGCUGAAGGGCCUGGGGGAGAUGUUCAGGUUCGGGAAGAAUCGGAAGGACGAACGCGUCGGCGACAAGCUGGAGCGGAAAGGCUCGGCCAAGUGGCGGACGGAGGAAUCGCAGGCGUCGGAGGAGGAGACGCAGCGCAUGAAGCUGGAGCAGGAGAGGAUCCAGCAGAAGAAGCGGGAGCUGCGAGAGCGUCAGGCGCGGGAGCGGGACUACGCCGAGAUCCUGGACGUGUGCCGGCCCCUGGGCGGUAACCACGGCGACCAGGAGGAGGCAGAGGAGCACCCGUACGCCGGCAUCCCCUCCCCGCCCGCCUCUGACCCCCCGCUGGGCAGCCCCCGCCUCCCCUACCCCCGCCUCCUGCCCCCCCACCCCCAGCACCAGCACCACCACCAGCUCUCAGACUCCACCCUCUACACCCCCGUCAGCAAGGCCCCCAACGGGAGGCCCCCGUCCGCAGACAGGUAGGAGGACCAGAGAGAGGAGGGGGGAGGGGCCCCUGUCCACAGAUAUGUAGGGGAGGGGGGAGGGCUAGUCUGCCUCGGGACCCUGAACGUGUUGAGACCUGGACACCCAGCUCCUGACCCCUGACCUCUGACACCUGACCUUUGUUUCAAACGUUUCAACGAUGUACUGGAACCCUCCCAGUAUAGAGUGAGUCUGGUCACUGGUCUGAUGGAUGAAUGCACAGGAAUAAUCCCAGUAUAUGAAUGGGUCUGGUCACUGGAAUGCUCCCAGUAUAUGAUGGGUCCGGUCACUGGUUAUUGUGGGUGGUGGGGAUGGUGCUGUCGCGGGCCCAGUGGAGCGAGGGUCUGGGCUCGGCCUCCGUGGGACGGGGGGGGAACGAGAGCAGAGAGGAAUUCUGGGAAAGGUGCCAAAGCAGGCCCCGUCAGCACGGGGUUCUGGGAGACAAAGGCACACCUUGUGUGGCUCUGUGGAGCGGGGGUCCUGGGAGGAGACCCCAAUGGAGGGGAGAGGUCCUGGUGACUUUUAGAUCACAGAGGUGGAGAUCCGCUCGGUCCAUCAUGUGGAGGAGUUCCCCCUCCAUGUCAGACUAAAUCAGGACAGGCCAUUGACUCUAAAAACCUGACCGGUUCCAGCCGGCCUGACGAGAUGCAGUCGGUUAGUCCCGGUCGCUACGUCCCGGUUUGGUCGGUGUGUUCGGAGAGCCCUUCUCCUGUCGCUCCGUCAUGAAGCAGUACCUCCAGCCAGGGGUAAUGACCUUUAUCUGUGUGUUGUCAUUAUAAUCCGCUGGUCCGUUGAUCGGAUCCGCCUCAGUGUUUCAUCCAGCCGUUGGGUUAUUAACUAUCACCCAACGGGGCCGCCUCCUCCGCCACAGCCAAUCAGGGGCUAGCGGUGGAUUUGUGACAUCACAACCCACCUCCCUUAGUCCUGCUGUGUUUUCAACCCUUCGUAGACUGCGCUACUUCCUGUCAGCGGACGGGAAGGCACGGCCCUCCCUGUCACUCACGGUGGACCCACCUUUCAGGGCUAGCCAGAGCAAACCCCCCCACCCAGUGAGCCAACUGGUA